CGGAGGAUGAUGAAAACAGUGAUCCAACAGAUAACAGUAUGCCCGACAGAACCAAAAAGAAUAGACGUCAAAGCGCGGUCACUGACCAUGGGUCGAACCUACAGAAUAUAAACGCACACGCAGCCAACAUUAGGAACCAGGAAGCAGAGUUGGGGGUAUCCGAGGAGGAGGAGGUUAUGAUCGCCCCCAUGAUCGUGGAGAAUGGGGGAGGGGAUAACAAUUGGUCCAAACAGGCUCAGAUCAUGGACUCUAACAUGGUUCCUCCACCACCACCUCAAAAGACGGACGCUGCUCGGAUCGCUAUGAUACAAGAGAGGCGGGAAAAGGCAGAGAAACGUUUGCGGAGGCGAAGAACAAUCCUCAACAUCAAGUCUGAUGAUGAUAAGAAGCAUAGAGAUGAUAGAAUUGGUCGUCAGUUUGAGGAGGUGGUCCGAGCAACUCAGAAACAGCACAAGGGCGACCUUCCGGAGAAAGACAGCGAGAUUCUCAAAAAUUCAAACAAUAAUAGUUGGUCCAGACUUAAAAACAAGAUUGAUGUUAUCAAAAACAUGAGAAAAUCUGAACCUAUUGAUACUGGCAGAAUAAUUGACGAGAAGCCGGAAGUGGUAAACGAGAAGUGCAUAUUAGAAGAAGAGGAUGAGGAAGUGAUCCCUUCCUUCGACCCAGCCAGUCUCAGUCGACCUACCACUUUCAAUAUUUCGAACAGCUCGUUUGCUAUCAAACGACAUAACUUUGCAGACUUAUCGGAUAAAGACGAUAUUAAUGUCAAAAGGGUUAUAGAAACCAGACCAGUUCAGCCUGUAGCACCUGCCCCUGGUGCACCACCAGCUCCAAGACCACCUGGUGCGCCCCCAGCUCCAAGACCACCUGGAGCACCUCCUGCCCCUCCACCACCUCCCGGUGCCCCUCCUGCACCCAGACUUCCAGGCGCUCCUCCCCUGCCUCCUGCCCCUCGACCACCUGGUGCCCCUCCUGCCCCUCGACCUCCUGGUGCACCACCAGCACCUCGACCACCUGGUGCCCCGCCAGCACCUCGACCACCUGGUGCAGCACCUCGACCUCCUGGUGCCCCGCCAGCCCCUCGACCACCUGGUGCCCCUCCAGCACCUCGACCACCUGGUGCCCCUCGAGCUCCUGGCGCCCCGCCAGUCCCAGGUUCUAAAUCAGACGGCGUCUCAGCCAUGCGAAAAGUUGCUAACAAAAAAGAUUUAGUAAAAGUUUUCUGGUCUAAGGUUAAUCUAAAUAAAACGACUGGACUGCCGCCUACCAUUCCGGGUUACGCCGCCUCGAAAAUAGAGUCUAAAUCUAUAUGGAGGGAGCGCCCGGAGGUUAAGGUCGACUACGACCAACUCGCCGUUCUUUUCGCCAAAAAGAAGAUAGAAACGAGUAAGUCCCUGGACACUGAAAAAUCUACGGCGGCAAAGUUCAUCAGAGUUCUGGAAGGCAACAGGUCCCGUACAGUAGGACUCCAGCUGCCUCAUCUGCCAGCUGCUCGCCACAUCAAACAAGCUAUCCUCAACAUGGACACUUCCCACAUCACUCGAGAGGGCAUCAGUUCGCUGGUUAAGUUGGUGCCAUCUGAAGAGGAAAAGAACCAGAUAACCGAAGCCAAGUUGGCUAAUCCCGACAUUCCGCUUGCCAAAGAAGAAGAGUUCGUGUACACACUUUCAGUAAUCCCUAAUAUUAGGAAUAGGCUGAACAUCUGGGCUUUCAUGAUCGACUUCGACGCUUUGGAAGACGAGGUAGCGGACUAUCUGAUGGAUCUGAAGGAAUGCUGCUCGGAACUGAAAUCUUGUAAAACACUGCAUCUCAUCAUUAGUUACCUUCUGGAGAUUGGCAACUUCCUCCGCCAGGAAACGAGUGACGGUUUCGAGCUGACGUUUCUGAGCAAAGUGGCGGACAUCAAGGACACAGUUAAAAAGCAAACCAUGGUACACCACGUAGCCUGCAUGAUGCACCAGAACCACCCAACUCAGGGGGACCUGCACCGGGAGAUAGGACACACACACAGAAUAUGUCGGAUCUCGUUUGACGAGGUGGGCGCCACUUUAGAGAAGAUGGAUCAACUUUGUGAUCGUAGUUGGGAAGAUCUCCGCAUCAUAAGCAAACACACGUCUUCUACAAACGAAAUUAUGCAGAAGCAGUUGACCUUUUUACGAUCGGUUGCUGAGCGGAUUAAUAUCUUGAAACUAGUGAAUAAAAGGGUUGCCAACAGAUAUUAUAAUUUACUACUCUACUUUGGAAUAGAUCCUGUAAAAAAGUUCAUGGUACCAGAUGAGUUUUGUAGGAUUAUAAGCGAGUUUGCUCUGGAGUACCGAACAGCGAUUGAAGCGGUCGUACUGGAGCAGGCGAAGAAGAAGAAAAUGAAGGGAUACGGACUCCGUCCCAAACCUCUAAGUCGUCCCGAUCAGAGAUAG